CUGUUACCCCACCAGCCCCGAGUUGUGGAGAUGAAGAAGGGAAGUGACGGCUAUGGUUUCUAUCUGAAGGCAGGCCCAGAAUUGAAAGGUCAAAUCAUCAAGGACAUAGAUCCUGGAAGUCCAGCAGAGCGGGCUGGCUUGAAGAACAAUGACCUGGUAGUUGCUGUCAACAGCGAGUCUGUGGAAACUCUGGAUCAUGACAGUGUUGUGGAACUGAUUAAAAAGGGUGGAGAUCAGACUUCACUGCCGGUAGUGGACAAAGACAUGGACAACGUAUAUAAACUGGCUCGUUUUUCUCCAUUUCUCUACUAUCAAAGUCAAGAACUGCCUAAUGGCUCUGUCAAGGAGGAUCCAGCUUCUAGUCCUGCUUCUCUGGAGGUCUCAAGUCCAGAAACUACAGAAGAAGUAGAUCAUAACCCUAAACUCUGCAGGCUGGUUAAAGGUGAAAAUGGCUAUGGAUUUCACUUAAAUGCCAUUCAGGGUCUGCCAGGCCCGUUCAUCAAAGAGGUACAGAAGGGCGGCCCUGCUGACUUGGCUGAGCUGGAGGAUGAGGAUAUCAUCAUCAAAGUGAAUGGGGUGAAUGUGCUGGAUGAACCCUAUGAGGUGGUGGUGGACAGAAUCCAGAGCAGUGGGAAGAAUGUCACAGUUCUAGUCUGUGGAAAGAAGGCCUAUGAUUAUUUCCAAGCUAAGAAAAUCCCUAUUGUUUCCUCCAUGGCUGAUCCACUGGAUGUCCCCCCAGAUUCCACAGAAGAAACACUGGCGGAGUCAGAGGAUGACUCGCACAUGGCAAAGGAUCGAGCCCACAGUACAGCUUCACAUUCUUCCAAUUCUGAAGAUACAGAGAUGUGAUGAGAACAAAUAAUGGCUUUGGCUGAUAGCUGUUUCUGGGUAUUUAAACAAGGAAGGGGCUACGACCUGUUUACUGUCUCUGUUAGAGGAAUAACUCCUCUGGAAACCAUUUAGCAUGUGUGAUUGUCUUCUGUUGUCAUU